GGCGGUGAUUGCAGGUCAUUGCCUUGAGGUGAAGUAUGCCAGUUCAGGCUUUUUCAUUCCCUGUGCCUGAAACCAGGUUCUUUCAGGUUGGCCAGCGGAUUUACAAGUUUAAGAUAAGGAGUGGAAGCAAAAUCAGUUGUGAAGAAGAGAUGUUGGAUAGUGAGUUUGUCAGUGAAGAGCUGGAGAAUGCUGUACGAGCUGUGCUUAUGAACCUGGACAAUCUUCAGCCAUUUUCCACCCAGCAUUUCAACAUCUUCCCUUAUAAGAAUAGGUGGGAGCGCGUGUCGGAGUUGAGGUUCAAGAAGGGAGACAUGAAGCUUUUGGCUUACCCUUUCCUCAUCACACUUUAUGUGGAGACAAAUGAGCCAGUCCCUCAGCACACAGUGAAUCACACAAAUGUAUGGGUCCCUCCAGAUAGAGAGUCUAUACUGGACAGUCCACCAAGUGAACCCAAGCACAGGACAACAGAACAGUCACAAGAGGGUGCUCUGAGCCAGGCCAACUAUCACAACAUGGCAGAAGCACACCAUCCUGUGUAUUUCCAAGAGUCCCCUUACCUGGCUGAUGGUGCAGAAGGGAUGGUUUGUGGCAAUGAGUUACAUGCUGAUUCAGAGGUGCCUUCCCAGCCUGUUCCAAGUGCCAAGAACCCAGCAAUUGAGGAUGAGUCACUGGAGCAGGAAGGUCCUGAGAUGUCUGACUCUAAACCUACAGUAAGAGAGAAGCCCGGGCUGCUCAGCAGAUUUGUCAGGUGAGAAACUUGCAGGCCUUCAAGCUUUUAUCUCACUGUCCUCACUGUUUACACUUGCAGUGGCAUGAUACAAAUGGUUUAACAAAUAGCGCAAUCCACUGCAGUACUGUAUUGAGCAAAAUUACCUUUUUAAAGUGUUG